AUGCACAGAAAUGUCUCUACCUGCAACAAGACAUCAGAUGCAAACCAACGGUUUCCUAGUCAGCAUGUGCCACGGAUCGCGCGACGUUUACUCGAGUGCCGAAGAAAUUGCAGCAGAAAUCGGAACCUCAAGGAAUUCGCAUUACCCGAGAAGAGCACACCAGAACCGGUUGAUUCGGUUGAUCCAGCUCAUGAUAUCAAAGUGACCUUUCAGGCUAAUCCACAAAAACACCAGCAUGUUCCCCUUCGAAAUGUCCGACGGAUGAGCGUACGUCCAGGCAAAUAUCAACGUAGAUCAUCAGAUUUCCCAAGGAAGAAUAUGGCAGCAAAUUCAGAUGGAAAACCAAAUCUAGGUGUCACUGACGAUGGACAAUCAGAAUCAAAACAUUUGUCACUGAUGGACUCAGGCCGAACGAUUCGCAUGGAUCAACGACGUCUGAUUGUGGUAGAUCAGCCGGACACUGGUCCCUCGCGAUCUAUUUUAUCUUCGAUAUCUGAUCGAUCCUACGCCCUCGGAUCAGUCGAUCGUGAAGGCACAAAUGACACGGCCGAGAAAGGUUAUCCAGUGCUUAGUUUUCAAUAUAUCGAACCGCAUACUAUUGAGCUUUUGGUUGUCGUUACCGAACGCAUGACGCAGCGAUUUGGUAGAUUAAUCAAUGAAUAUUUGCUGUCUUUGCUCACCACGGUUUCAUCGCUACUCAGGCAUCCAAGCCUUAAAACCUCCUUGCAAUUGAAAAUAGUGGACAUCAUGCAACUGGAUCGUAAUUAUGCGAUUCGGCAUAACCUUGAUGAUUGGUCAUACAGUAAACAAGAACAAGUGAUGUCACGUUUCUGUCGCUGGGUCAAUCGACUGCGCCGACCGGAUUUCAACUGGGACUCGGCUAUUUUGUUAAAUAUUGGACUGGGAGCGAAACACGAUUUUGAACAGAAUUCCGAUUGUGAAAUGGAAGACCAGAACCACGGAAACGAAUUUAUGGAUAAUACAAGCCAUAUGCUCACCUCGGAUACUGGCAUCUCAGUGGACGAUUUGUCACAAUCGCAACACUACUGGCAACCAAGGGAAUCACCAGAUGUUGUGCGGAGAGAUACCAUCAUGUCUGGGACGCUUUACUUUGACAAUUUCCCUUUGCGUUGGUCCGCGUGUAGCCGUCAGGCAAUUCAUUCAUUCCUCGAGACAAAUGGUGCGUCCUGUCUACGAAGAGAAGAUAUGCCUUCCGCAUUGCACGCCGCAGACUGGUUGGCUAAACGUUCGCGUGACGAUUUGCCCGGAUCGAUGUUUUCCUUGGAUCAACAAUGCCAGUUUGUUCUAAAGGUUCAUGCCACGCGAUUCUGUGGCCAGUUGCUGCCGGUUUGCCGUCAGUUAUACUGCCAGGAUGCUGAAAACGGGGCCUGCUUGCCAAUGGAAGCUGCAUGGGCAGAAGGAUCGUCAUGUGGUGAGAACAAGCCCUGUGAUAAGCAGUCUAACAUUCGUCAGGAACUUUGUGAUGCCAUUGGACAUCAGUAUGGAAGCCAACUGGGGGCAUAUAUGCCCAAACUCGGAGAGGCAAACGCCUGCUCAUUAACCUGCCUGGAUCGUGGGCAAGCGGUGCAUCAUGCAAUCAGCUUACCGGAUGGCACACCUUGCUAUUCUCAACGUGAUGACAUAUGCAUCAAAGGUCGCUGUUGGGAGACAGGUUGUGAUGGUGUUCUCGGUUCCAGUCAACGUUUUGAUCAAUGCCGAGUAUGCGGAGGGGAUAACAGUUCAUGCGUGGAAAUCAGAGGGGUGUACAAUGGAGAGUCCGUGAACUCCUUGGGGAUCCAGACACGCGGACUCAUUAAUGCGGUGCGGAUUCCUCGCGGUGUAACCAACGCUUUUGUUCGUAAAGUAUCGCCAAGGACUACUCCUUACUCAUCCGAUUCCUAUGAUGACUAUAUGCUGCGUAAGUUGGAUUUUUGUAAAACGCACAUGUCUACAAUCAUGACCGUCGUUUUCCAGCGCUUAUACUUGUAA